AAAAAAAAAAAAAUGUCUGGAGCUACUGUUACCAAUAACGGAGGAGUUUUGCCCCAAGCAAAGAGGGUAUUACAAUUGUACAGGAAGCUUUUGAAAAUCGGUAAGGCUAUGCCAACCGAAACACGCUCUGCACUGGUAAUGUCCCGAGUCAAGGCAGAUUUCAGAUCCAAUAAAGCAGAGAAGGAUCCACAGGAGAUUGAGAAUAUGAUCCAACUUGCAGAAAUCCAGGUUGAUAACCUCGAGAUCCAAAGAGAGCACCUUACAGAGUUGUCCAAGAAUCCCAAUCUAAUUAUCCCAGUAGACAUUUAUAAGAACGCUAAGCCAAGGAUUUCUCGAUUCAUGAAAGGUCCACCUCUGAGUUGGGAACGCAAAGCUGCACAGGAGGCUAAGGAUAGAGACAGGCUCACACAACAACAACACCAACAACACCAACAACAACCGCAACAACAAAAACCUGUAGGAUCGACAGGAUCCGAAAAACUUCAUCAUGGAUCACCCGGACAUAGCUGCCAGAACCAUAAACACUGAAGUAGUUGUUCACAAUUUACACUAUUUCAUCAUAGUAAAUCAUGUAAACAGGCAUGAUCCUCAGGUCCCGCACACACACACACACACGAAGAUGUCCGCGAUCUUGUCGUCACUUUCUGUGUUUUCUCUGUUGCGAGCGAGUUGCAUUUUACAACAGAAGGAGAAACUCAUCCAUUCUACAAAAGGAAAAGAAGGAAGAUACCUCUCUCCAUAUUGAGCUAUGCGGAGUCUAAGGUCAUGAGUAAAUCUGAUUACUUAUCCAUAUUGGAUGGGCAAGGACUUGUUUAAUAGCGGAUCAAAUUUCAAGCACGCAUAAUCUAAACUACUGUAUAAAAACAAUGCAUAAUAGACUCUAAUAAACUUGUUCAAGAUGAAAAGG